CAGAACAGCAAGCAGCGGAAGCCGGACAAGAAGCAGAGACGUGCUGGGGAAAGCAGAGGAGGGGGAGGGGGAGCAGCCUGCAGCCCCAGGCCGGCUACAGCGAGAAAGGUCACCCAGAGGGACGGGCCAUGUGGCUGCCAUCAGCUCUGCUGCUUCUCUGUGUCCCAGGCUCUUGGUCUCUGAGCGGCCCCAGUGAGGUGGCGGGCCCCGUGGGCGGGUCCCUGAGUGUGCAGUGUCGGUACAGCAAGGAAUAUGAGGCGUUUGUCAAGUACUGGUGCAGACAACCGUGCCUGCCAAUCUUCUCGGAGGUGGUGAAGACCAGCGCCUCCAGGGGAGAGGUGAGGAGCGGCCGAGUGUCCAUCGCGGACCAACCCGGAAGCCUCACCUUCACAGUGACCUUGAGGAACCUCACGGCAAGUGAUGCAGGAAAAUACAGGUGUGGGAUUUCCACGUUACUGCUGGAUGAUGGGAUUUCUGGCUUCUUGCCUGAACCCUUUGUCCAGGUGCAAGUGCUUGUUACCCCAGGGAACUGGUCCUGGUCCUCACCAUCAGCCUCCUCCGCAGCCUCCAGCAGCGAGAGCUCCGCAAGGACCCCUGGACCUCCCGGCCGAGACCCCGGGUCCCUGCUCAGCAGCGUCCACUUCCUGCUCCUCAUUUUCCUGAAGGUCCCCCUGCUUCUGGGCAUGCUCAGUGCUGUCCUCUGGGUGAACAGGCCUCAGCGGGCUCAUCUGUGAAGAAACAAAGUCAGACUAAGGCCACCUGCUGCCGUCCUUGCCCACCGAUGUCCUGUCCAGAGGCACAGCCACUCAGACCAGAGAUGACAGAACCUCGACCCUCAGCCUUACAUCCCUUUUCAACAUAUUGCCACAGACUUUAAAAACAAAUUUAAAAAAGUAUUUUAAUGGCAUAUAUCACCUGCACAAACGUGGGUAUAUAAUGUAUGUGAACAGUUGCAGGACUGAAAACGAACAUCU